UUCAUAUUUAGCCCUUCGGGAAAGCUAGUGCAAUUGGAAUAUGCCCUAGCUGCUGUGUCUGCAGGUGCUCCAUCUGUUGGAAUAAUGGCCUCCAAUGGUGUUGUCAUUGCAACUGAAAAUAAGCACAAAUCGACUUUGUAUGAAGAACAUAGUGUAAAUCGAGUCGAAAUGAUCACAGGACAUAUUGGCAUGAUAUAUUCAGGCAUGGGACCUGAUUACAGGCUUUUAGUUAAACAGGCAAGAAAACUCGCUCAAAAUUAUUAUCUUACAUAUAAAGAGCCCAUUCCAGUUGCUCAGCUAGUGCAACGGGUUGCUACAUUGAUGCAGGAAUAUACUCAAACUGGUGGUGUUCGACCAUUUGGCGUUUCACUAUUGAUUUGUGGAUGGGAUUCUGACCGUCCAUAUUUGUUCCAAUGCGAUCCUUCUGGUGCUUACUUCGCAUGGAAAGCAACUGCAAUGGGCAAAAAUGCUGUCAACGGAAAGACAUUUUUGGAAAAAAGGUAUAGCGAAGACCUCGAGUUGGACGAUGCAGUGCAUACAGCGAUUCUAACUCUGAAAGAGGGAUUUGAAGGAAAGAUGACAGCCGAUAACAUUGAAGUUGGAAUAUGUGAUCGUAACGGUUUCAAACGUUUAGAUCCAGCUACCGUAAAGGACUACCUGGUUAAUAUACCCUAGAUCA